CUCUUUUUGUUUGGGCUGAGCGGUCCUCAGCUGUCCGGCUGUACGGGCGCAGAAAAAUGUGGCUAAUUUGGCCGUUGAGGUGCAGGGGGUAAUGAAAGUUUCGGUUUUGAGGCAAGGGUCCUGUCAUCUGUAUUAAAUUUCUUUGAACUCCUCGUUAGAAGACCACGCGCGACUUCACCAUGAAUAUGCACUUUAUAGGAUCCAGCAACGUCACGCUGUUGUUUGACUUCUGGGAUGUGCGUGGACCUGCAGGCAUGGUGUUGUCGGUCUUUGUCGUUCUACUGCUCACGGUGAUCUACGAGUUUCUGAAAGUCUGGAAGAUCACUAUUGGAAAACGGAAUCAAGCCUCCGUUAAGCAAUCAUCCGCUCCGGUGUCUUUCUCACCUGAAGCGUCUUGUUUUGCUUCCGUCAUGAAGCAUCAAGAAGGAAGUUCUUCUCUGACCAACAGCCCCUCCGAGAUCUCAUUAGCUCCCACCGAGAAUACAGCCACCACUGCUGACGCCGCCGCCACUGCUAAGAAAAGCUGGCUUCUACACUGCCUCCUGACCGCCAUACACAUCCUGCAGGUGACGCUAGGCUACAUGCUCAUGCUCUGCGUCAUGUCCUACAAUGUUUGGAUCUUCCUGGGGGUCGUCCUAGGAUCCGUCUUGGGAUACUUCCUGGCUUUUCCUCUGCUCAAUCACAUUUGAGAAGACACAGGAGAACGAAAACGUGGCGGUUUAUCACAGAUUCUAGAUCAAGAGCAAAAUGCGAGGUUGUAUUUUAAAGAUCUUGCAUAGAAUCUUAUUUAAAUGAAAUCCGGCGAUAACCAAUUGUAACAUUGGUUAAAAACCAACUUUCAGAAGUGUAGAGGUUAGGUUUUGAACCUGGUUUGAAACGCAAUGUCUUUCAGGCGUUGAAUGCAUUGAUUUUAGCCUUGAGGCUGUACGAUCAGCACUCUACUAAACGGAGGUGUGCCUCAUUUUAUGCUUUCUACAGCUACUGAUGUGAUUUUUAAUAAGCUAAUUUUCUGUUACACAGAUGAAUAUUUCAAUUCUCUUCUCUGAGAUUUGCUUUACUGUAGCCGGUGGUUUUCUGUUAUUUUGGGAAACUCAGACUAGUUUUAAACCUCAUAGUUAACUUCCUAUAUGAGUCAAGAUCAGGCGUUUUUGCGUCGACUGGAAAUAACUGCGGAAUAGCAGAACAAACAAUGGUUCGAACCAUUAGGUAAAAAGAGAAAUGCAAAUCAUGUGGCCUUAGUUAAUGUUCACCAGCAAUACAGACGCAUUGAAACUGAUUGACUCACUGAGAUCAGAUAUUAGAUACCACAAUCCUCACCACAGUGAAUUAAAUGCACUUUUAGUAAGGUUCCUCCAGGCAGUCUUUUUGUUUUUUCUUCAUUGCUUAAUAGUUUUUAAAUGAAAUUUGGUUUAUUGCAGAAUGUAUUAAAGGUUUUGAUUACAAGUCUA